AUGGCAGUUGCAGAUGGCAUUGAAUCUAUUCAGGUGGCCGAUAUGCUUUAUGCAGGCAUGAUCAACAUCAGCUUGGGACAAAAACUGUGGUUAGACUUUCUCAUUCAACCGAACAGGAAACUGGAAGCGCGGCACAUCUCAAAAAUUAGCCGGGGAGUUCGGCGAGGAAGCCGAGCGGAUGAUUGGACUACUGAACGAGGCAAUUAUCCGUGCGGGAAGCGGGUUGAUGCGGAUGAUUUGGGGGUGAUUUGGGGAAGUCUGACCCCGCAGAGUUGCAAUGAUGCAGAAGGAGAUGUGGGUCCCAAAGAGGAAACGUGUUUUGGCGGGGAGGAGAAUUCGGAGGAAUGUCUGCCGCCUGACAUCAUCACUGACUGUCUCUGA